CCGUUGAGCGGAGUCAGACCGAUUAACAUGAUGUGAGGAGAUAAUGAGUCUGGAGCUGCGGCCGGUCGAGACGGAGAACAAAACAGCAGCAUACAAGUGAUUUAUCCAGAGCAGCCGGUGGACUCCAACUCCCAGAAUGCCCGAGCAGAGUAACGACUACCGGGUGGUGGUGUUCGGAGCCGGUGGGGUGGGGAAGAGCUCGCUGGUCCUACGAUUUGUUAAAGGCACCUUCAGAGACACCUACAUCCCCACUGUAGAGGACACAUACAGACAGGUGAUCAGCUGUGAUAAGAGCGUCUGCACGCUGCAGAUCACCGACACAACAGGAAGUCACCAGUUUCCCGCCAUGCAGCGCCUGUCUAUCUCCAAAGGCCACGCCUUCAUCCUGGUCUACUCCAUCACCAGUCGCCAGUCGCUGGAGGAGCUCAAACCCAUCUACCAACAGGUUCUGGCCAUCAAGGGCAGCGUGGAGUCCAUUCCUAUCAUGCUUGUGGGCAACAAGAGCGAUGAGAUGGCCCAGCGCGAGGUGGAGAUGAAGGAGGGCGAGGCUCAGGCCACUGCCUGGAAGUGUGCCUUCAUGGAGACGUCGGCCAAGAUGAACUCCAAUGUGAAGGAACUGUUCCAGGAGCUGCUGGCCCUGGAGAAGAAGAGGGACAUGAGCCUGAGCAUCGACGGUAAACGAUCGGGAAAACAGAAGCGAGCCGACAAGCUGAAGGGGAAGUGCAGCGUCAUGUAGACAAAAUGGCGGCGGCAGCAGAAGACUUGCUGUAGAGAUGUGGAAACAGCGGAGGGGGAGGCAGGAGGAGGGAGGGGGAGUCUGCUGAUGACUCCCAUAGAGACUCCCCCUCCCAUCUUACCCCGAUUCUCAAUCACUGAGGAUAGGUCUUCUUCUUUAUUUGGCCCUCCUCCUCUGUCUGUCUGAACACUGAAGCCUAGAGGAACAAAAUGAUGAGAUUUGACUGAUAAUGGAAACUUGAAUAUUCAUACCGGGGCCUCUGGGUGCUCGUGGCCCUGAACUGGAUUGUGUUUGUGGCCCCAAAAUACUCUUUUACAUGUUCAGCUGCUGCCACCGUU